UGGACCUUACCGCUAAAAGUAACUCUACUCAUCCCUGAACCAAAAGUCAAAGCAAAGCAGAGCAGGGCGAAGUGAACGUCAACUUCCUUGGUCGUCAGCCAUUUUUUCUCAUUCUCCCACCAAUUUCCCCCUCGUUUCCCUCGACGCUUUGGACAUUGCUAUCCAUCAUCGCGCCCACCUUUGUCGCGCGCAUCAACCGCUUGAGUCAGUCUGCUUGUUCAUGCUCUGACGACUUUUUCUACUCCUUUACUGCUCGUAGAGUCGGUCGGUGACGCCGCUCCGCCACAUUCAACCUCAGCAUCUCUCUGUCGCGUGAAGCAUUAUCUCACCCCCAAUCUCUUCAAUUUCAUCGCUACCUCGAUCAAAACAACCCGUCUGGAAUCGCCGCAAGACAGAGAUUAUCCCACCGUUAGGUGUACACUCAACGCUUCAGCUUAAGGAUAUCAUGGUAAGAGCACGGGGGAAGAAGUAGGAAGAGCGCAUCGUCACGAUGACUCGCCCGCCAGGCGCGAGCUUCGCGCAAUUCUUCCCCACAGCUCCAAAGGUAAAAGCACAGUCUCAGACUCGCCCAGACCUCAAUAGAGAUCGCGAACAAUCCAAACCUGGGUCAACACCGGUCACUAUGACCGGCGCUUGCGACCCUACAUCAACAUCAGCUGCGUCAGACGCGGACGCGAACGCUGGCCAAAACGGCAUUGUUUCAGCGUCGGAUACUAUGCCCGCGCAGCCCGACGACACAGAAUCACCAUUCACAGACAUUCCCAGCACUGUCGAUUCGGCCAGCUCAUACAGUAGCACGGCCUCAUCAAUAUUUAGCACAACCGCCCGCCACGGUGCCGCGGCAACUUCAGCUUCGUCCCGUCUUCCCACCUCGAGCCUUACUCCCAUCGCUUCCAAAGAUUCUCCCAACUCAUUGGCUUCGGCCACCACAAAGCCAGAUAUGUCUACAUGUCUGACCGCCGAUCGGGCCGCGAGACAGUCCUCCCGAAACUCACCCGCCGUUGGUUUUAAUGGCUCGAUAUCAAACGGACUCCCUUCCAAUGAGCGCAUUCCGGCUCGAGAUCCCAUGCCCUCCGUCAAGGGCCUUAAGUGCACCUAUGAUCCGCUCCUCGAUCGAGUACACAAUAAGAGCGUCAGCAAGAACGCGAAGCCGACAUACAAGGAGUUCGGUCGAGUACGUAUAACUAUAAACAUCCCUCCCAAGGGGGGGCGUCAUCUUUGGUGAAAGACUCAUGGCUAAUGAAAAUGAUUAGGACGAUGACGCCCCCCCUAAAGACCCUCGACUGGCCAAGUCGGACGGACGCCUCGGUUAUAUCAAUACCGAUUACUACCUCCCUAAAUCGCGAUUGCGAACAGCACCCGAGAACAUUAAGCCGUAUCCCUAUGAUCCCAAAACCUCCAUUGGUCCUGGCCCACCCACGCAGAUUGUAGUGACGAGGUACAAUCCGCUUGUUCCUUUCAGCAAAGUAACGGCCAUUUUUGCCACAUUUGGUGAAAUUGCCGAGAGCAGCAACAAGAUGCACCCAGAAACAGGUAGCUAUCUUGGAUUUGCGACAAUUCGAUACCGAGACUCUAAGCGACCCGACCGACCUCCCGUUUCUGCUAUCGACGCAGCUCGCCGAGCUGUACGGACUCGAGGCAUCAAGGUUGACGCCGACAUCGUUCGUGUAGAGUAUGAUGCGGAAGGGCGCAGAAGCCGACGUAUGCUGGAAGAGCACCUCAAGAGGGAAAAGGAAAAGUUUGAGAAGAAGGAACAAGAGCGACUUGCUCUUGCAGCCAAAGCUCCCCCGACCGGUCCCAAAUCUGGAACUGCUCCUGGAUUCACUAGACCCCCCCCAACCGCUCCUAAGGGACCCUCAGCACAGCGACAACCUGUAGUUCCAGGCGCACCACAACUUUCUCUACCCCCCUCGCAACAAAAAGGCCUCAACCUCGAAUCUUCGAACCUUACCCAAAAACUCGCGGAUGAUCCAUAUAUUUACGUUACAGGCGAUAGUGUCCCAGUACUACCAAGUAUUCUUCCACACAUGAAGAAACGACUCAAGAAUUACGGAUUUGAAGAAAUCCGGGUCGACAAGUCGGGCUAUUUCAUCGUGUUCCGCAACUCGUUCACCGGGAAGUCAGAAGCUGAACGAUGUUUUCGUGCUGUUAAUCACACCGAAUUUUUCAAUUAUGACAUGACUAUGCAAUUAUGCUUACCUCGUCCCCGUCGAGAUGGCGCCUCGGGUCACCGACGAUCCAGUGCAAGUCCAGAGCGAAAAACAAAUACCGAGCCACGAUAUCGUGACGAGAAGGAAAGGCGGCGAAGAGAAGAGGAAGCGGAUCUUGAAGAGGAGAAGAAGCAAAGAGCUAAGAACUUUGAUCCAGUGAUCGAGGCUGUGGAGGUUGUUAGACGUGAGAUGACAGAACAUCUGAUUCGACACAUUCGUACCAAGGUCGCCGCACCUGCUCUCUCGGAUUUCCUGGAUCCUGCCAACCAUGCCGCUAAGCGCCGGAAGUUGAACAUUGAGCAUCCUGAUGAUUUGCAGGACAUGGCCAGUAUCGAAGAUGGCAACGACAGCUCACGUGUAGGAACUCCCAACUCCCGAGCUGAUCCAAUUGAGCGACGAACUGGUCGAAUUGAACCCAAAGCUCUACCGAGAAUUCGCAAAACCAAGGUCAAGCAAAAGAACGCUUUUGUUGACCCCUUCGCACGAAAACGGCCACCUGUUGCUCGAAAUGCUUUCCGUUCGCUGCAUCACCGUCUCAGAAGCCUUGAUAGUGAUGUCGAGUCCGAUGACGACAUGGACACUCGUACGCUGUUGGCGCGUGAGACAGAAGAAGCCGAGUCGCGACCUCGCAGCCGGAUGAGCACUGAUGACGAGGCAUCCAAGGAUGACUUUGUGCCAUGGGAGCAAGGCGAGGACGAUUCUAUGACCGAAGCCAGCUUCGCUAUAGCAGAUUCUGCUAUUUCCAGAAAGCGGAAGUUGGCAGAAUCAGUGGAAUCGGCUUUCAAGCGUCAAAAGAAGUCUGAUGAGGAAUUGUUUGGCGUUAGGCUUAGAGCGCUUGGGUCGGGAUUUGAGACGCGCGAAGAUUCUGUGGACAUAAUCCCCGAACCAGAAACAGGUGACGACAUUGAUAGUCGAAUAUCCCGCUCUGAAACACCAGUUUCAGUCGUCGGUAAACCUCUGAAGAAACGACCAUCCAGGGCAAAGAAGACGAAGAUUUUUGAGGAGCUCGAGGCCCAGGACCUUCAGACAGAGACAGACUCUCAACGUGACGAGGAAGAAGCUGUGGAACCUCCAAAGGCUAAGAAGACUGGAGCGGACACCGAAAAGUCCACCACAAAGGAGGACGUUACGGAGAAGUAUGACGAGAAGCUCCUGUCAACAGAACCCUUAACUCCUGCACUGGCGUUACCCGAUGGCGCCAAGCCUGACUUACCACUCUUCCAAGGAUUGGCAAUUGGUCAGAGCGACAUACCUGACCUCUCAAAACUUUCCAGGAGGUUCACUGCCAAGGACAUCGGCAACCCAGAGUUGUGGCUAUGGACCCGUAACCGCAUCAGGGAGCUCAACUCUGCCAGCAGGACAUUGGAUUCUCCUGUCACUAUCAGUGGCUACUAUGUACCCAACCCUACUGGCUGCUCACGCACCGAGGGUGUCAAGAAGAUUCUUAACUCCGAAAAGUCCAAGUACCUACCUCACCAUAUCAAGGUGCAAAAAGCAAGACAGGAGCGAGAAGCCCGCAACAAGUCGGGCAAGGAUGCCGCAGCAGAUGCAGCAAGAAUCGCCAUCGAGAAACAGGCUGCUAAUGAUAGUGAACGACAGAAACGCGCCACCAACCGUCGCUAUGUGCAAGACCUCAACGACCAAAAGAAGACACUCGGCCAAGACUCUGAUAUCUUCAAAUUCAACCAGCUCAAGAAGCGGAAGAAACCCGUCAAGUUUGCUCGCUCAGCCAUUCACAACUGGGGCUUAUAUGCUAUGGAGAACAUUGCGAAGGAUGACAUGAUUAUUGAGUAUGUAGGAGAGCAAGUUCGACAGCAGAUUGCCGAGAUCCGCGAGAACCGUUACCUCAAAAGUGGCAUUGGAAGCAGUUACCUGUUCCGUAUCGACGACAAUACCGUCAUCGACGCGACAAAGAAGGGUGGCAUUGCGCGUUUCAUCAACCACAGUUGCGAACCUAAUUGCACUGCCAAGAUCAUCAAGGUCGAGGGAAGCAAGCGCAUUGUCAUCUACGCGUUGCAGGACAUUGCCAUGAGCGAGGAGUUGACGUACGAUUACAAGUUUGAGCGUGAGAUCGGCAGCUUAGACCGCAUUCCUUGCCUCUGCGGCACAGCGGCCUGCAAGGGCUUCCUCAACUGACACUACUAUAAUACCUUUAAAUUUUGUUUCUUCGCGAGUCUUUUUUCGUCAUGUUUUCAGCUCAUGCAUUAUCCUACUACUAUUGACACCACACCGUCUUUGGGCACACUAUCCCUGAAAGCACAAAGACGUAAAAUGUACAUUGGGUCGGGAUCCAUUUCCCAUCAUGGCGUUGGGAGAGAAAUUGGGAUGUGGUACUCAUGGCUCAGAGAAAGCUCACUUGGUCAACCCAUAAGGGUUUUGGGGAUGAAGAUACUCACGUAUAGUGGGGGAAUGCUUUGCGCUGCUUUCGCAGUUCCGUUCUAUCUUAUAAAGUCGACGGAGAAUAGGGGCCUGGACUUUUGUUUUACUACCUGAAGAUGAAAAGGAAAAGGGGGGUAUUUGAGCUUUCGUGGGGCGUUCAACCGGCCAGUGCUGGGCUUUUCCACCUUGAUCUUGGGUCGGUCAGGAUCAGUGAUUGCCGGGCUGAUGCUACUGUAUAUACCGAACCAACUCAACACAGAUAGAUGCGGAGUUUAUGUAACUCUGGCGCAAGGAAUGAAAGAUGACAGUGGACUUAAGAGGGUCAGCAUGUGAGAAAUGUCCAAAAAACAGUGAAUUGACAUCGCUAUGCUAGCAAGGGUGGAAGUGCAGGUGCUGAUUCCCUACCUUGCCCCUUAAUCAAAGUAAUUCAACUAUCUACUUGCUUUCU